AUGCAGAAGUUGAAGGCGAAACGAUCCUUGCUAAAAGGAGCGGUCACACGCAUCUUAAAUUUCGUGACUAGCAGUGGAGCUGAUUCUCCAGUGGCAGACUGGGAAUGCCGUUUGGAGCGUCUUGAAGAGGUAUGGAGUGAAUACCGCGACAUCGUUCGAGCCAUGGUAGAGAAGAGCGAUGGCGAGGAGGAGGCCCUGGUGGAGAUUCAAGUAGAUGCAGAGGAAUUUGAAGAGCGCGUGCUGAACACAAAAGGUAAACUUCGAGCACAUAUCACUGCGAAAUUGCACGCGUCUGGCGUAUCAAAUGUUUUUGAGUCCACUCGCGGAGACUGUUCGGUUGCCGAUAUUUUAUCAUCGCAAACGGAAGUUUUAAGUAAUUUGGCCAAGCAGGUGUCUGGACCAAAUUUAAGUUUCAUGCCAAAGUUAAAAAUCAAAUCGUUCUCUGGGGAGUUAACUGAGUGGAAAUCUUUUCAUGAUUCGUAUGUCACUUCCAUUCACAACAACUCGGUGUACUCAGCGUGUCAAAAGUUUCAGUUGCUGAAGAGUUACUUGACGGAAGCAGCAUACGAGUUAAUUGGGCAUAUUCCUGCGACUAACGAUAAUUAUCUAGAGGCAUGGAGUAAGCUAUGUGCGCGCUAUAAUAAGCUUGGUGUUAUAGCGCAUACUCAAGUUUCAAAGUUUCUUAGUUUGACAACUUUAAGUAGCCAAUCUGUUUCAUCUUUACGUAAAUUAUAUGACGGAGCUGACGAGGUUAUUCGUGGAUUGCGCGCACUGGGCGAACAAGCAGAAAAGAGGGACAUCUGGCUAAUACAUAUUCUACUCGGUAAACUCGAUUCGACAACUGCCAGGGAAUGGACGAAGUUCACGAAAUCAGACAACGAUUUUCCAACAUUAAAUGAGUUUUUGACGUUUUUGUACAACGCAUGUAUCACGUUGGAAUCUGUAACACCGGCAGCCACAUCGCGUACGGGAAGCCGUUCAGUUGCAGUUAAGACACAUCAAACGACGAUAGAAAUGAAAGUUAAAUGCCAAAAAUGCGGCGGUAUACAUGAGUUGCAUCAGUGCAGUGAAUUUCUUAGUAUGGAUGUUAAAGCUCGCAGAGCCUUUGUGGCCACUAAACGCAUAUGUUACAACUGCCUUAGAGUCGGUCAUAUAUCAAAUAAUUGCCGCUCAAAAUUCUCGUGCCGUAAUUGUCGAAAACGACACCAUAGCCUCUUACAUGAAGAUAAUCAGCAAACGCAGAAGUUAGAGUCAUUAGUGGACUCUGCAGUUAAUGUGAACUUUCACGCGCUACCUGCCAUUAACACUCUUUUGCCGACAGCGGUAUGUCUGGUAAGCGAUAGCUAUGGGUGUAAACAGUCGUGUCGCUUGUUGUUGGACAGCGGUUCUGAGAAAACUAUUAUAUCAGAGAGCACCGUCAGUCGCUUAGGGCUACAUCGAAAGCAUGCAAGAAUACCGGUACAUGGUUUGGACAACUCAGCUACUGGAAUAUCGCGCGGCUGGGUUUCUCUUCAAAUAACUUCCAGUGACAACAAUAAUACGUUCACAGUCGAUGCGCUAAUUAUGCCAACAAUUGCAUCGUUUAUGCCGGCAAAUGAACUAAAUAAAGAGCAGUACAUUUCUUUUUUGUCUUUAGACUUGGCGGAUCCAUUGUUUUUCAUACCUGCGCCAAUAGACAUUCUUUUGGGGAACGAUAAAUUUUUUGAAAUUUUGAGGGGCGAAAAGAUUAGAGGAAAAGAACAAAAUUUAUGUGCUCUUUCAACAUCACUGGGGUGGAUCGUAGGUGGCGAUUUAACCAACAAUGCGAGCAAUAGAAGCGUGGGAGUAUUUCUUAAUAACGUAGACAUCGACCAAACACUUACACGAUUUUGGGAGACGGAAGAGGUCGAAUACGCACAUCAAUUGACAGACGACGAGCUAAGGGCAGAGCAAUCAUUUUCGAGUACGUAUACGAGAUCGGACGAUGGCAAGUUUAGCGUUGAGCUUCCUUUUAAAACUAAAGUUAACCAUUUUGGAAAUUCUUUUGAGUGCGCACUUAAGCGACUGCAAGCAACAGAACGCAGGCUUGCAGGCAACCCGGAUCUAAAAUCGCAGUAUUCAAAUUUUAUGGCGGAUUACAUCGCUUUAGAUCAUAUGGAGAAGAUCCCAGAUGAGGAAAUUAGUAAAUCACCUAACGAGUGCUGCUAUUUACCUCACCAUCCCGUUUUUAAAAACGAUAGCACAACAACGAAGCUACGCGUUGUUUUUGAUGGAUCUGCACGUAGUGGAAGCCACUCGUCGCUGAAUGAUGCGCUGCUUAUUGGGCCAUCGCUUUUGAGAGAGAUUUUUGAUAUUUUACUCCGGUUCCGUCGACAUCGCUACAUAAUGUCUGGUGACGUCGAAAAGAUGUACCGCAUGAUUUGGGUGCACGAUUACCACCGGGAUUUCCAACGUAUUUUGUGGCGAAGUUCACCCGAGGAGCCGGUGAAUCACUACAGGUUAAAAACUGUGACUUAUGGCACAGCAUGUGCACCAUUUCUUGCAGUGAGGGUAUUGGAAGAGCUUGCAAAAAAAUCUCAAGACACUCAUCCUUUGGCAUCACAGGUAAUUUUCAAUGAUUUUUAUAUGGAUGACGUUAUGACAGGGGCAGAGUCUUUUGACGACCUUCUUAAAAUCCAUAGAGAGCUAGUUGCUCUUCUUAAAGGUGCAGGUAUGAAUUUGCGUAAGUGGAGUAGCAACUGCAAUGAGUUACUAAAUUCUCUUCCCGAAGUAAUGCGAGAGAUGUCGCCUGUUAACUUGGAGCCACCGAAAAUGCUCAAAUUACUUGGAAUGAAGUGGAACCCUGUUAAUGACGUAUUUUCAUUUUGCCUUUCAUACUCUUCAUCGACAGUGGCAACAAAGCAGUCGAUACUGUCAGAUGCGGCGCGCAUAUAUGACCCUUUAGGUUUUCUUACACCAUGCACAGUUUUGAUAAAAAUGUUUUUCCAAGAGCUGUGGCUUCUCAAAUUAGACUGGAAGGACGAGGUUCCGACUAGCGUUUCGGCACAUUGGUUAAAACUCAGAAGCACACUUUCAACAAUAAAUUCAUUGCAAAUUCCAAGAAGAGCAUUGUUCGCACUAGGUCGUAACGAAUUACAUGGCUUUUGCGAUGCUUCUCAAAACGCGUACGCUGCCGUCGUCUAUUGCCGUUCUGAGUAUGAGGGUAAAAUAACAACUCAACUUGUGGCUGCAAAGAGUCGCGUCGCUCCGCUCAAGCAAAUAUCUUUACCUCGUCUGGAGUUAUGCGGUGCUGUCCUUCUCUGUCGGCUGAUGAAUCGUGUAGUGAAGACUCUGCAAUUCGAUAGAAUGGCAGUUCAAAUGUGGACGGACUCAUCGAUCGUUCUUCAUUGGUUAUCGGCUGUGCCGCGGCGCUGGUCUGUUUACAUUGCAAAUCGGACAUCGGAGAUAUUGACUAGUUACAAAAGCUCUCAAUGGCAUCAUAUUCGCUCAUCACACAACCCAGCUGAUCCCGCUUCUAGAGGCGUAUGGCCUUCGGAACUACACACAUUGAACAUAUGGUGGUAUGGUCCCCCUUGGCUCAACCAACAAAAGGAGUUCUGGCCGAAGUCAAGUGCGUUGUCAGACAUUCGUCAUGGCGAUCUAGAAGAACGUAAGAAUCAACCAGAAGCUCACACUAAACUCUUCUUUCUAUCUACAGAAGAUCAUAUAAUAAUUGGUCCACUGUCAUCGCGCAUUUCAAAGUGGUCUCGACUAGUGCGCUCUGUGUCAUAUUGUCUACGAUUUAUUGGUUCUGUAUGCAAACGAAAAUAUGAAACGUUCCUGUCAUCUAAUGAACUCAAGGCUGCUACCGUCUUCAUCAUACGUGCCGUUCAAGAAGAGCUGUUCUCAACUGACAUUGCUGCCAUGAAUAAAAAAAUCGCCAUUUCUAACAAAAGCAAUCUUUUGCCACUAUCACCAUUCUUAGAUGACAAUGGAGUGCUUAGGCUGCGAAAGUGUACUCAGACGCAAUUAAUGAGCGACUUGCCUAUAGAGAGGGUUGAGAUAGGCAGACUGCCGCGUAAGGCCAAGGGCUACAUUUCUCUCUUUGUAUGCUUCGUAACAAAGGCCAUACACUUGGAGCUAGUCGGCGAUUUAACUACCGAAGCGUUUAUUGGCGCCUUGGAUCGUUUCAUUUCAAGGCGUGGACAACCGGAAGAAAUUUGGUCUGAUAAUGCGAAAAAUUUUGUUGGCGCUAAACAUUUUCUUUCUUUGAAUGGCAUUACUUGGCGUUUCAUACCACCUUCAUCACCACAUUUCGGAGGGCUUUGGGAAAGCGGUGUGAAAUCGGUGAAAACACAUUUGAAACGAGUAAUUGGCGAAACAACUUUAACAUAUGAACGAUUUUACACGCUCUUGGCUCGUAUAGAAGCGCUGCUGAAUUCGCGACCACUGUGCCCUAGCAAUGAUGGAGAAAUUGAUGCCCUUACUCCUGCUCAUUUCUUGAUUGGGCAGCCAUUUACUGCGCGAGCAGAACCUACCGUCGACUCGGCUGCAAAUAUACAUCCGCAAAAGCAAUGGGAAAAGGUAAAACACAUGGCGCAAGGUUUCUGGAACCGAUGGCACGCUGAGUAUCUCACUAGUCUUCAGCAACGGAAGAAGUGGCAAAACGAAAAGACGAACUUAAAACUGCACGACAUCGUUAUCGUUCGCGAGCCUAAUAUACCUCAGUCGCAGUGGAUGCUUGCAAAGGUUGUAAAACUUUUUCCAAGUUCUGAUGGCAAG